AUGGAUGAAAAUCCAAAGGACUCCGGAAAUGAUGGGUCAGUGCGUAAAAGGGUAGGUCCAAAGGUCAACUCCAGCCAGGAAAAGAGAGUCAUGAAAUGGAUUGGCAGGUGCAUUCGAGAAUCAAUAGGUGAAGAUGCCUAUGGAGCGUUACGUGACGGCGUCGCUUUAAUCAAGUUAUAUAAUGCUUUAUGUCCCGAUAUGCAUUUAGAAUAUGUAAAACCAACUACACUUGAAGAUCAGAAGCAAAAUAUCGAAUUAUUUCUGGAUUAUGCUCAAGAUUUUGAAGUAAGCGCUGAAGAUUUAUUUGAAGUAGAACAUUUACUGGAAGGCACCAAUAUUCCGCAGGUCCUUUAUGGCAUUGAAGCAUUUGCCCGACAUAUAGAAAUUUGUGGUUUCGUCGUACCUCCUUUCCAAUAG